AUGUUUCAGCUGCCCAUCUUGAAUUUCAGCCCCCAGCAGGUCGCCGGGGUCUGCGAGACUCUGGAGGAGAGCGGGGACGUCGAUCGCCUCGGCCGCUUCCUCUGGUCCCUGCCCGUCGCCCCGGCGGCCUGUGAGGUCCUCAACAAGAACGAGUCGGUGCUGAGGGCCCGGGCCGUCGUCGCCUUCCACACCGGCAAUUUCCGUGAACUCUACCACAUCCUGGAGAACCACAAGUUCACCAAAGAGUCGCACACGAAGCUACAGGCGCUGUGGCUUGAAGCGCACUAUCAGGAGGCUGAGAAGCUGCGGGGACGCCCGCUGGGGCCGGUAGACAAAUACAGGGUGCGGAAGAAGUUCCCGUUACCCAGAACCAUAUGGGAUGGAGAGCAGAAAACCCACUGCUUCAAGGAGAGAACCCGACACUUGUUAAGAGAAUGGUAUUUGCAGGAUCCCUACCCGAAUCCCAGUAAAAAGAGGGAGCUUGCACAGGCUACAGGACUUACACCCACACAAGUAGGAAACUGGUUCAAAAAUCGCAGACAAAGAGACAGAGCAGCGGCUGCGAAGAACAGGCUCCAGCAGCAGGUCCUAUCCGGCGGCUCGGUUCGCUCCCUGGCGGACGAGGACGGCACCGUGGACCGUCUGGGGAACUCGUCCAGUCCGGAGGCCAGUCUGUCCAGCAAAGCAGCCGCCUCGGCCAUCUCCAUCACCUCCAGCGACAGUGAAUGUGACAUCUGA